UCUACCAACCCCGUUACUAAUCCCCCUUCUACCAACCCUGUUACUAAUCCCCCCACUUCUACCAACCCUGUUACUAAUCCCCCCACUUCUACCAACCCCGUUACUAAUCCCCCCACUUCUACCAACCCUGUUACUAAUCCCCCUUCUACCAACCCCGUUACUAAUCCCCCCACUUCUACCAACCCUGUUACUAAUCCCCCCACUUCUACCAACCCCGUUACUAAUCCCCCCACUUCUACCAACCCCGUUACUAAUCCCCCCACUUCUACCAACCCCGUUACUAAUCCCCCCACUUCUACCAACCCCGUUACUAAUCCCACUACUGCUCCCCCCGUUUCUGUUGAACCCACCGGCUCUGCUCCGACUGGAACCACUUCUGCUGGAACUCCUACAACUACAACUCCUACACCCACUUCUGCUCCAGCUCCUUGUGCCUCAAACCCCUGUCCUCCUGACAGCACCUGCAUGGAGCUUGUGGAUGGCUUUAAGUGCAUCUGUCAGCCAGGACUGUACUAUGACAUCCAGCUGAACUCCUGCUACCAAGCAAAGGGUUUCCCCAGUGAUUUACAUCUCGCUAAACUUCAGUAUAAUCCAGAAAUGGAAAAGACGGAUUCGGAAGUAUUCAAAAAUAUAUCCGACCAAAUUGUUGAUGCACUACGCGCAUCACUUGAUACUGAGAAUGGAUAUCUUGGAUCCACUGUUUUGAAGCUAAGUGCAUGGCAGAGAGCAGCCGGGGUGGCAGCAGACGUGGACACUUUCUUCAGUAGCGCAUCCAGUGCCACUGAUGAGUCGGUCAAGACUGCAGUGCAGACGGCAACCGAAUCGAGUGACGGCAUUCUUUCCGGUGCUCAGGCUAUCUUUAAGGACUUGUGCACCGUCGAAUACUGCGACUUAACAACCACGAACUGCACAAGCAAAGACGGCCAAGCAAGCUGCCACUGCAAUGUAGGAUAUGUUCCGUGGAAAGCAAUGAGCCGGGCCUGCGUAGCCUGUCCCAGUGGUGAGAAAGCAGUGAAUUCAGAGAUCUGCGAACCAUGUCCUUUUGGUUACUCUGGUUUCAAUUGUAAUGAACCAUAUCUCCUGGUUAUGAUUGUGGUCUCCUGUGUUUUGGGCGUACUGUUUAUCAGCGCUCUUGUGACCGUGAUAGUUGAUAUCACCAGAAAGUCAAAGAAAACUACCCAUGACAGCAAUGAAUAUGGUAUGGAAGUCCGUAAGAUAUCAGGAAUUCCCAGGAUCCCACAGGCCAUCCCUAAUACUAGCUGGCAACCAUCCAAUCUGGAAGAAACAGACAGUGGAAGCACAAGUGCUCUGGUGAACAGAGACAGCCCAGAGAAAACAGAGAUGAACGGCUACAAUGACUACAGUGACAUGCAGAGCUACAGGAGUCAGUAUCCUCGCAGGUCUGCGUACGGGGCUGUGGGACUGAGCAAUGUCUCCAGAGCCAACAAGAACCCCUACUUCCAUCAAUAUGAGGACACAAUAGGCAGAUAUUAAUUUAUACAUAAAAGGGGCAAAGCUUUGCUUCCUAUCUGUUAUAACUGGUUAUAACUGGUACACAAGUAACUAAUGCCACAUUUAGAAAGAAGGAGAAUACAUUUACAAAUAUACUUAUGCAUACAUAUAUACUUAUGCAUACAUAUACAUAUACAGCAUGGCCAAAGUUGAAAGAUUGAAAAGAACCAUUUUGAACCAUUUUACAAAAUCAUUAAUAUUUGAUGUAAUUUUACUUGACACAAAGUAGAUUAAUCAACAAAUAUCUUUAAUAAACCAUGUUUGUCUAAUGGAAACAAAGUAGUAACAUGACGACCUGAGUAGAUGUGCGUGGUUUCAAAAGGUGUUUGUGUGUCUGAUCUCAUGUAUAUGAUCAAUUGUAUGUCAUUUUUGUAUUUAUAUCUUUCAGACACUUUAGUCUUGGGAAACCU